AUGGCUUUCCUCAUCAGUUUCGUCUUUUUGUCGAGUUGGACAACUAUAGCGUUUACAUUUCCUCACAACACUUUUGACAAUAUUCUGCGACGGUCACAGAUUGAAUUUGAAUCAUCUGGCAGUGGACCCGAUGAACCGGUCCAGGGAAUAGUCAAAGUUUUGCAGCUGGACUCUCGUGCUUUAUCCCAGUCAGGGCUCUUCAGACAGGGAUUGAUCCCCAGAAGAGCCCCCUCCCUUCGCUCCAGAUUGUCCUUCCCUGCCUUCCUGUCUCAAGGGCGUCCAGGUCCGGCCUUCAAUGCCCCUGCAAGUCCACUACACCACCUGCACCCUAAAAACCCCACUGAGAUGGAACUAAAGAAGAGACAAGGCCUGCAGAUGUGGCAGAGAGCCAUAGAUAAAGGAGACAAGAUGACCAUGUCCCUGCCAGUCAACCUGAAGGACACUAAACAGAUGUGUACUGCAGUACCUUUCACUCAGCGUGUGACAGCAGAUGGAUGCAACACAGUAACAGUGCACAACAAGCUGUGUUUCGGCCAGUGCAGCUCCCUGUUCGUCCCAUCUGAGGGGGAGUUUGUUGAACUGGGUGCCGGGGUGGGGUUGCACCGCCGGGCUCCCUGCUCCCGCUGUGCCCCAUCCAAAACUUACACUGUGGCUGUUCCCCUGCGCUGUGGAGAUGAGGUCCGACAGAAGCGAGUGAUGAUGGUGGAGGAGUGCAAGUGUGAGACAGGGCGUGAGGAGAGGAAUGCUGAGGCCGCACCUUCCCCACACCUGUAA